AUGCCCUACCCAAAUGGCAUCCCCGGUGUCCCCGGAUCGGCCCCGCAGCAGCAACAGCAGUCUCAGGCACAGCAACCUCAGGAUCCUUCCGCCAUCAAAUUAACUCGAGGGACCAGCUGUGUGCUUUGUCAACAGCGUAAGGUCCGCUGUGACAAGAACAAGCCGUGUGCCAACUGUGUAAAGGCCAAGGUUGAAUGCCGUGUUAUUCCACCCCAACCUCCUCGACGCCGGAAGAAGCGUCUCCAGGAGAAGGAUCUGAUAGAUCGGCUAAAAAAGUACGAAACCCUUCUAGCGGAGCACGGUGUCAAAGUUGAGGCCAUCGGGCAUGAAUUAAGACCAGAUGGCCCCCCAGGUGAAGAUGUCGAAGAACUUGAGAACGAUUUUGAAGGCCUGAAGACAACCCCUGAAGCUAGUUCAUCCCCUGCACCAUCUAAUUCAGAACAACGGACUGGCGGCGGUGCUUGGUUUUCUUAUCAUAAGGAGUUUCGAGCCAGUGAACACAUGCUGCAAGAUUCCUCUGAUGAUGAACCUGAAGUAGGCUCAAGUAUCCACCGUGCCUUUGAUCGAAUGUUUGACACUGAUGGGUUUCCUUUCAUCAUUGGAGCUGCCCCAGUCCCUAUUGCGAAUCUUCAUCCUUCCACAAUACACAUCUUCCAGCUCUGGCAAAUAUAUAUCGACAACAUUAAUCCCCUGCUCAAAAUAACACAUGUUCCUACGGUUCAAGCACAGAUCAUAGAGGCGAGCUCGGAUCUCGAAAACGCACCAAAGAACAUCGAGGCUCUCAUGUUCUCCAUGUACCUCAUGGCGAUCACAUCGCUUGAGGAUGCAGACGUUUACAAACGGUUCAACGAGACCAAAAAGGAGCUCCUAGCAAGAUACCAUACAGGUACGCAGCAUGCGCUGACGAAAGCCGGAUUUAUGAGAGUCAAUGAUCCUGUUCUCUUGCAGGCGUAUAUUCUUUACCUCUUUGCUGUUCGAUGGUUCGUUGACCCUCGCCAAGUAUUCUGCCUCAUUGGUCUAGCUGUCCGCAUUGCCCAGCGGAUGGGAUUUCACCGAGAUCCAGCACAGUUUGGGCUACCGCCAUUUGAGGUUGAGCAGCGUCGCCGACUGUGGUGGACCCUUGUGGGAUAUGAUCGACGGCUUGGAGAGAUGGCAGGAUCAACAGUAACUGCUCUCUCGACUGGUGGUGACUGCAAGAUCCCCAUGAAUGUCAACGACUCGGAUUUACAUGUUGACGGUAAGGAGUUACCCACACCACACUCUGGACCAACCGAGAUGCUCUUUUCUCUUACGAGAGUCGAGCUUGCUAUGGCGGUUUCAAGCGAUAGUAAUCGCGACAGCUACAAAAUGAACAACACAGACAAAAGUCCUGCUGGGACACCCGCUUCCAAGAACCAAGCUACCAUCCGUCUUGCUGGUCAAGACGGCCCUGCCUAUACGCUCGAUGGUUUCUGUGCACACAUAGAAGGCACUUACCUGAGCCAAUGCGACCCUAAGAUCCCCCUACACUUCUUUACCCUUACCAUGACCCGUCAAGCUAUGUGCAAGAUGCGAAUCAUUAGCUUCCUUGUUCGAAUGCAUAGCAAUGACGACAAUCUACCCCUUAAAGACGUUGAACGCGACAGCCUCUUCUUGCAAGCCACGCAAAUGAUCGAAUACGACAACGUUGUCCAGUCAUCCGAGUCCCUCCGGCCCUUCAAAUGGUACUCUAUGCACCACUUCCCCUUUCCCGCUUACAUGUUUCUUGUCCAGGAAUUACGCCACCGCGUCUCUGGCCCAAUGGUAGAGCGAGCAUGGGAUGCCAUCGAAAAGAACCAUGACCUCCGUGGACUUCUCAAUAACUACCACAAUCCUAUGCAUAUGGCUUUUGGUGGCCAUUUUAUCAAAGCCUGGGAUGCACAUGAAGCUGCCUUGGUAGCUGCUGGCAGACAAGUCCACAGGCCAGCUUUCCUAGGACCUUUGCGUGAGCGUGUAGCAGCUCGCCGGCGAGCAAAACAGGCCAAUCGACCUUUUCCGAAUCCUCCCCAGCCUCCAGCCGGCGUCCCGCAUUCUCAGAUCACGACGCCCUCUUCCAGUGGGUUUGCCCCAUCUGUUGGCCACAUGACGCCUGGAACUGUACACCACGGCCAACGUGCAAACUCGGGCUCCGUUGCCUCCAGCGACGAGCCUGGCGAGAUGGACUGGACUUAUAUGAUGUCUGGUUACAAUGACACUUCAAGUUUUACCCCCAUGGGCGGAUUUGGCAGCUUCAGUGGUGGCUUUGGCGGGGGUAUGCCUGGUAUGCCACCUGGGAUGGGAGGUAUUGGGCGCCCUCCGACUGGUAAUUCUCCAGGUGGUCGUAUGUAUGGUGGGAAUUAA